AUGGUUCAUUGGGAUGCCUUGGUUUGUAUAAUGAAGGAGAUGGGAAUACCGAAUAUCUUUACUAAUUGGGUGAUGAACUUAGUCAAUUCUGUUUGUUAUGUUUUUAAAGUCAAUGGCAGAUGUAUGGUGAGGAUGCAGCGUGCUCCGGAAUUUCAUCAUCAUGCCAAAUGCAAGCCACUUGAACUAACGAAUCUUGCGUUUGCUGACGAUAUUUUACUAUUUUGUAGAGGCGAAGCACAGUCUGUCCAGCUCCUAAUGAAUACUUUUCAGAGUUUUUCUGCUUCUACAGGGCUUAUUUUCAACCCUCGAAAAUGUAAGGCCUUUUAUGGUAGUGUUGAUGACGAGAACCGGCGACUUAUCCAAGCAAUUACAGGGUUUGAUGAAGGAAAGUUUCCUGUUCGUUACCUGGGAGUUCCCCUCAGCAGUAAGAAACUCAGUUUGAACCAAUAUCUUCCUCUUGUUGAUAAAAUUACUAGCAGAAUUCGACACUGGUCCUCAAAGAUGCUUAGCUAUGCUGGUCGUGUUCAACUUGUUCGUAGCGUUAUUGGGUCCAUAACUCAGUAUUGGAUGCUUAACUUUCCCCUCCCCAAAUCUGUUUUGAAGCAAAUUAAUACGAUUUGCCGCACUUUUGUGUGGACAGGUAAAUCGGAGACUAGCAGGAAAAGCCUGGUGGCUUGGCAUAAAGUAUGCAGCCCGCGUAAGCAAGGAGGACUGGGAUUACUAAAUCUUGCCAUUUGGAAUCAAGUAACACUCCUUAAAUGCCUUUGGAACAUUUGCAACAAAAGUGAUAGCCUUUGGAUCCGAUGGAUCCAUAAGGUUUAUUUGAAAGGGAAGGAUGUCAUGGAGGUCGAGGCGGGGCAGAGCUGGACAUGGAUAAUGAAGAAAGUUAUGAAUUGCAAACCGUUGAUCGCUUCAAUCAAUUUGGACUGGCAGCGUAUGCUCUCUAUCAGUAAGUUUUCUAUGAAAACUGUGUACAACCGAUUGAUUGAUGGUAAUUCUGUUUGUUGGCACAUUCUGUUGCGACGCAAUAUUGCUCGACCUAGAGCCCGUAUUACUCUGUGGAUGAUGUGUCAUGGCCAGCUUCCUACCAAGGAAAGGUUGUACAGAUUUGGGAUGUUGGAUAAUAAGAAGUGCAGUUUAUGUGAUCAAGUGGAGGAAACAGUGGAUCACCUCUUCUUUGAGUGUCCUGCUACUAAGAGAAUAUGGAAUGCAAUUCUAUACUGGCUGAAUAUUCAUCACUGUCCUUUGCCUUGGAACCUAGAGCUGAAUUGGAUUUUGGAGAAAACUAAAGGAAAAGGUUGGAGAGCUAUGCUCCUUAAGCUGGCUUUAACGGAAACAGUUCAUGAAAUUUGGUUAUUUCGUAAUGAUUUUAUCUUCAAUAGCGAUACUCAUAGAAAUAAAAUAGUGGAAAAGAUUAUUGAUUGUAUAGCAUAUAGAGGAUGGGUUAAUAGAAAACUUAGAUUGCAUGUGGCAAAUCUAAUGUUAUAG